GGAGAACAAAAUAUAGGGGCCAAUCAGCCAUUAGCAUUUUCCCUUUCCUUUUCCCCUUGAGCCAUUGCCGAUUUGCCGUUUAUGUUUUUAGAAUCUCUCUUUUGCAUAAAAAACCCAACCCAGGAGAGGGGCAGACAUUUUCCUUACUUUUCCAGUCGGGAGCAGUGAGCCAGUGACGCCGUAAAGAUACAGUCGGAGCGACGGAGCGUCUUCCCCUCGACCGUUUUCGUUUUCCGAUGUCGCUGCACCUUGGUAAUAUACCACCUCAUAUUCACAGAGAUGAACUAGAGCAUGUUUUCCAGAGGUUUGGGAGGUGUACGGUACGUUUGAAAGACAAGUUUGGGUUUGUUGUAUAUGAUUACCCUGCAAAUGCAGAAAAAGCGUUGAACUCGCUUCGAGGCAAGACCAUCUGUGGAAACAAAAUAACUCUUUCAUGGUCAAAUAGGCAGCCUCAACCAAAGCAUUUCCAGAGAUUUUCUAAGAGUGAAAGACGUGAUGGCUUUUCUCGAGAUUUUGAUCACAAUGGUCACCGACGUCAUAAAAGAGGGUUUGGGUCAGCUGAUACCGAUGGUGGAAGAACUGUGCAUGCUGAGGUGGUUGAUGAUCUUGCAAGCCAUCAUCGGUAUGAAGAAUCUCAUACUUCUGUGGACAGUUUUCCUGAUGACAGUGGUGGAGGGAGAGAGGCAACUGUUCUGCAAAAUGGUGAGCGAGGUGAGAAAGUUAGUGCAUCAUUGGAUCAAAAUGGACUUGAAGAUGGACUGCACUUUGACCGCUAUGUACCUUCUUCCGCUGAUGAGAUAAGUGAAUUUCAUCAUCUGACCAACAUUGAAAACGCAGCCUCUCCCAGGAGAUCAGAAGAGAAAACAGAUCUGGAACCCUCCAAUGCUAGUUGCAAUACAUUACCUUCAGACUCAUGUGUAGAUGUCAAAGAAGAUGAAAGAUCAAGAAAAAGAGACAGGUCAAGACAGAGAGAUUCUUCAACGGAAAGAACUGCUUAUCAAAGUGGGAGGAAGAACUAUAUGAGAAACAAGUUCAGGAAGCCCAGCACUGGAAGCACAAGGUAUUACUCAAAGAAUGACCGGGCACCUGUCACAAAUUCAACCUGUUCUGGUCAUGCCACUUCUGGAUCACAUUCACUUUCAAGAUCAUUAAAGUCCCUUUCCCAGCCUUCGAAUUCAAUGCCAAAACCAUCCCUUGCCAGAAGGAAUUCCCAAUACUCUAGUUUAAGGUCUGGUUCAACAAUACGUUCAAGGUCAACCUCUCCUACCUCUGACACUCUAUGUGCAUCACUUGAAAAAUGUUUAUCCUCAUCUUCAAAUAUGAUGCGGACAGAGCAAAAGGAUUUGGUUCCAGAGUUGAAGGUAGAUGAGCUGAAAGGGGAACCACAUGCAAAAAUUGAUGCAAUUUCAGACAACUCAGUUAAGGUAGUAGAUUUACAUGCCUCAGAAUCACACACCGGUGAUUAUAUGGUAGAAACAGGGGAACAUCAAAAUAAUAACAAUUUAACAGAGCAACAUGAAACGGCUCAAGAACUGAAAGGGGAACCACAAGCAAAAAUUCAUGCAAUUUCAGACAACUCCGUUAAGGUAGUAGAUUUAUAUGCCUUAGAAUCAUACACUGCUGAUUAUACGGUAGAAACUGGGGAACGACAAAAUAAUAACAAUUUCACUGAGCAACAAGAAACGGCUAAAGAACUGAAAGGGGAACCACAGGCAAAAAUUGAUGCAAUUUCAGACAACUCAGUUCAGGUAGUAGAUUUACAUGCCUCAGAAUCAUACACUGGUGAUUAUAUGGUAGAAACAGGGGAACUGCAAAAUAAUAACAAUUUAACAGAGCAGCAUGAAACGACUCAAGAACUGAAUCCAGCUACCCAUAUUUCUCAGCGCUGGUCCAAUGCUGCGACUUUGAAAUUUUCUUCAGAGGAGUUAGGCAUGGUUCUAAAACACUACAGAUUGGAACACCCAGAGCAAAUGCAAAAGGACUUGACUGUAGAAGAUUGCUUUGGGUGUGCUCGGUUGUGGCCUUGGGACAUCAUCUAUUAUAGGAGGUACAAGAAGGGUCACAUUUCAACUGAAAACUACAACCGUAGGCUUGCACAAAACAAAGAGUUUGGAAUUGUAGACAAGUAUGUCCGUAGCAGUAGUGGAUGGGGAGAAAUGUAAGCAGAAUGCUGUUUGAUCUUCUGGACUUUAAAUGCAAACCUGCACUACAAUUCUGUGGUGAAUUUUACUUUUGUGUAUCCAUUUCCUCAUCUUGUUAGCGCCAUAUGUUUUUUCUGAUCAAGAAACUUCAGUUACAAGCUCUUGUAUUACCAAACUUUCUAUGGUGUAUAAGUUGUCUCCCUUAUAUCUAUUACCAGCAAGAAAAGUAAAUCAGUAUCUCUUAACAGAACACUCCU